GCGAUUCUGAGAUCUGAGUGGCCACAGCUGGGGACCCGGAAAGGAUAAAAGAAACCAGGGGAGAAGCAAAGGGAGAGCUGCGACAUUUACCCACCGGAGCCCACCUACAGCCUCGGUAUCCUGGCCUCCUCUCUCCUCUACGCUUUCUUCUUUCAGGACUCCGACUCGCAAGCGGCGCACCACAGCCUUUCUCCAAUCAAACACCCCAAGGCUGGCGCCACGUAUGCGACCUGGUCCAAUCUCGUCUCCGGAGGGCGGGAACGCAAACUUCCUACCUGCACCUGUGGCACCAGUGGCCGCCUCCUGGGUUUGGGUUUUGUUUUUUUUUUCUUUUUUCCUUCCCGCUGCCCCGGGGUUCUGGUUUCUUGAAUCACUUGGCGAAUAACCAGCAGGUGGGCAGAUGUCUUUUUCCGCGCGCGCGGAGGACCGACGCGUAGGGAAACUCAAUGUCUUAGGGUGAGAAGCCGAGGUCCUAUCUCCUGGAGGCUCGCGGGCAACGCUAGCAGGGAAAAAGGACGCGCCGAGAAGGAAAGGCUACUAGGCGGGAGAGCCUGCCUGGCCAUUCACCUAGGGCAGUAAGCCUGGCACCUACUCGCCGCGGCGUCCUCCCGCUGGAGCAAAACGCACUUCGAGCUCUGUGCUACCGCCCCCCCUGCUCCAGGAAGUUGGAGACGCCAGGGGAGACCAGCAAACAGAAAUCGGCUUAGUUGGACUCCGGAGAUUUCGGCUGGCACAUCUUCCAGAAGGAAGCCAGGCCUCCCCAAGAUUGCGCAGAGGGACGCCUAGGCCCGACUUCCAAUUUAUCCGAAGCGCACCCCCUCCAGGCUUUACGCGGGGAAGGAGGCGCGGAGCCCGGAAACCUGAACAGGGUAAGCCGCUGCCUCGGCUCCCGGCCCGCAGCCCGUUUGCGAGAAGCCGGGGCAGGGCCGGGGGCGACGAGAGAGGGGCCGCUGCAGCCCAGGCCCUUCCCCGCCCGCCGCGCCCCUCGGCCCGCGGGCCAUGGCCGACGGCGGCGGCCCCGGCGGCUCCGGGUCCUGGUGGAAUUCGCUAACCAACAGCAGGAAGAAAAGCAAGGACGCCACGGUGGGGGCACAGCCUCCCGCCCAGCCUGCCCCCGGGGAACCCACGCCGCCCGGCCCGGACUGGACUAGCGGUUCCCGGGACAAUCAGCACCCCAAUCUUCUAGGGGGCGCCGGCGAGCCCAAGCCCGACAAGUCGUGCGGGGAGAAAUCCGGCAACAGCCGCCGAAAUCUGAAGAUCUCGCGCUCAGGCCGCUUUAAGGAGAAGAGGAAAGUGCGCGCCACCCUGCUCCCCGAGGGAGUCAGGUCCUCGGAGGAGGCGGACUUCCCUGGUGACCCCCACGACGACAAGCAAUAGCCCGAGCGCUCCGGGGCUGCCUCUCCUCCCACGAGGCCUCCCCAGCCCCCAGUUCGAAACCUGCCCCUGGACUUGGUGCCUUACCCCACCAAAGUCAGAAUAUUUGCCCAAGGCCUCCAGGUUUUGGAGACUGAAGUGACAGUCGAGUAUUCUAUAGUUCACAACUCAAAGAUGCAUUCAAUAUUUAUUCUUGCUAAGAGAAGAUACCACAGAGGAAGCUGGCAUAUUUUUUUUUUUUUCCCUAAAACACUUACAGGGUCUUCCUUGCAUCCCUCAUGGGAAGGAGAAGGGUACUUCUCUAAGAGACCUUGGCGCAAGUGGAAUUGCGCAGCCCCUCCAACGAGGGAGGGCACGCUCUGAUUCAGGACUUGCCAUUGGAAAGCAAAUCACAGUGCUGUCUUUAAUGCCUGAGAAAUGCACUUUAGGAGUACUUUGGUAGACUUACACCUUAAGUGAAGGUAUGGGAGAGAGCAGGAAGCCUUCUCAAGUAGAAGCAUUUUAAGUAAGGCAGGAUUGCUUUUAAUGUUGAAUUACAAAACUGUACUGCUCAUUUUAGUGUGGACUAUUAAAACUGUUGCACUGUAAGA